AUCGAAUCCUGUUGAUUUAGACCCCUUGAUCACCCCCUGAGCGCAAUAGAUUGAUUCUAAUGCAAAAUGAAGUUGAUAAGCUCUUCACAGACUGUUAACAUCCCAAAGGGAGUGUCCAUUUGUGUGAAAUCACGACAAAUUACUGUGAAGGGACCACGAGGAACUUUAAUCAAGAAAUUCCGUCAUGCUGGUAUCCAUAUUUAUAUGAAAGAUCAUCGUCAUGUGACUGUAGAGAAGUUUUUUGGUACCAGUAAACAGUUGGCUACUGUUCGAACCAUCUGUACUCAUGUUGAAAAUAUGAUUAAGGGAGUUGUCAAGGGUUAUUUGUACAAGAUGAGAGCUGUAUAUGCACAUUUCCCUAUCAACGUUGUAAUCACCGAUGAAGGUCAGAGAGUUGAAGUCAGGAAUUUCUUGGGAGAGAAAUAUACCAGAAUCAUCAACAUGAUGCCUGGAGUUCUCAUCUCAGGAUCUCCUGGACAGAAAGAUGAAUAUAUAUUAAAAGGCAAUGAUAUAGAAAUGGUAUCCAGAUCAGCUGCCCUCAUCCAACAGUCAACAGCUGUCAAAGAAAAAGAUAUCCGAAAGUUUUUGGAUGGUAUUUACGUGUCUGAAAAAACUACAGUUGAACAAGACUAAAUUAAAAAAAAAAGUUUUGAAAAAAAAAUU